AUGAAGUACUCAGCUGCUGCUCUCGCGGCCGUCUUCGGCACAGCCGCCGCCUCUCACCCGGGUGCCUUUGCCGUCCUUCGAUUCAACGGAAAGGAAAACGUACAAGGCCGUAUCGAUCCCAUCGUCUCUCCUAACGCUGUAGCCCAGCACGUCCAUGGCGCAGUCGGCGGCAACAACUUUGCCAAGGACUCCACUGGCGACGCCAAGGCUCUUGACGACAAGAGCGCCUACUGGUUCCCCUGGCUCUACUUCCACGACGAAGCCAAAGAUACUUUCGAACCCGUUGACAUCAACUAUGUCAACGUUUACUACUUCUUCGACAAGACCGAUGAUGAUAUCAAGGCCUUCCCUCAGGGCCUUCAGAUCGUCGGCGGCGACGCCAGCACCCGUGUCGCUCCUCAGACGAAUGGCAAGCUCAACCUUGAUCCCAGCAAGGGUCCCAUUCAAUCUGCCAUGUGGACCUGCCCCCGUGCCGGCGGCCAGGAGAGCCCUCCGUCGUGGCCCGCCAACUCGGAUGGCUCGACCGCCGGCCAGAGGCACCCCAUUGACCACGGCACGGGAACCGGUUUCCCUGACGUCGACUGUGAUGGCCAGUACUCUCCUCUUCGCGCCGACAUCCACAUGCCCUCUUGCUACAACCCCGAGGAGGGCCUCACCUCUUACAAGACAAACAUGGCCUUCCCCACCGAUGUGAACGGCCAGAAGAACUGCCCUGAGGGAUGGAUCCACGUCCCUCACAUGUUCUACGAAAUCUACUGGGACACUCCCAAGUUUGCCGAUCGCUGGAGCGGAGGCCAGGGCUCGCAGCCCUUUGUUCUCUCCAACGGUGAUGUGACUGGUUUCAGCUCCCACGCCGACUUCCUCGCCGCCUGGGACGAGGAUGUCCUCCAAAACGUCAUCGACAACUGCAAUGCCGGUCACGCAGGUCUUCACUCUUGCCCCGGUGUCAAGGUUAACGACAACAACGGCUGCAAGGGUGUCACCACCGUCGAUGAGAUCGUCACUGGCGUCCUCAGUGUCCUGCCUGGUGAUCGUCCCCUUGAGGGCUGGACCUAUGGAACCAAGAACGGUGACGGCACUGGCUACAAUGCCCCCAAGCCCGAUUCUGGUGCCAAGCCUACCACCGCCGCUGCCACGGCCCCCAAGACUGAGCCCACGCCCGAGGCUGCUGCUACCGAUCUGCCUUACCAGCACGUUCCCGAGGCCGAGGUCAAGAAGGAGGCCGCUCCCACGCCUGUAUUCUCGUCCGUUCCCGAGGUCGGCGCUGAGAAGCCUGUCGAGACUCCAGAGCCCACGCCCGCCCCGGUGCCCGAAGCCCCUGUCGAGGACGUGAAGCCAGUGUCCUCUUCGUCUUGCUCCAAGACCACCAGGACUGUCUGGGAGACCGUCACCGUGGUGGCCACGGCUACCGAGGUCAUCAACAACGAGCCUACGCCCCAGCCCGUCUACGGCGAGCAGAAGCGCCGUCACGUGCACAACCAUGUCUACCGCCACCGCAGCCUGCGCCACUAG